GUUUUGAGCCAGCAGUCGCGUCCGAAAGCUGAUCGGUAGGAAUCGUUAAACGUGGCAAUGGUGUGAAGGUGCGCGUUCGGCGACGGUGUGUGAGAUUGUGAGCGAAGCCCGAGCUGUAAUCACUGUCAGCCAUGCAGUUUUCUCCCACCAACGGAGAUUUUACCUUCGUCUCCUCGACGGACGCUGAAGAGCUCAGCGGCACCAUCGAUGCACCAGAUAUCACACUAAAUAUGGGCCCGGAAUCCAACCGGGACACCUAUGCCACCACUUUCCUGAGGCAGAGGGGUUACGGAUGGUUGCUGGAGGUGGAAGAAGAAGAAUCAGAGGACACUAAACCACUCCUGGAGGAGCUGGACAUUGAUUUAAAGGACAUCUACUACAAGAUCAGGUGUGUGUUGAUGCCCAUGCCCUCACUGGGGUUUAACAGACAGGUGGUGAGGGACAAUCCUGACUUCUGGGGCCCCCUGGCUGUCGUCCUGCUAUUCUCUAUGAUCUCCAUCUAUGGACAGUUCCGGGUUGUUUCCUGGAUUAUUACAAUCUGGAUAUUUGGGUCAUUGACAAUUUUCCUUCUUGCAAGAGUGCUGGGUGGAGAGGUAUCUUAUGGGCAAGUGCUUGGAGUUAUUGGCUAUUCUUUGCUCCCAUUGAUUGUAAUAGCUCCGCUUCUUCUGGUCAUCGGGGGAUUUGAAGUAGUCUCUACACUCAUAAAGCUUUUUGGAGUAUUCUGGGCUGCGUACAGUGCUGCUUCGUUACUCGUCGGUGAUGAAUUCAAAACGAAGAAACCCCUCCUCAUAUAUCCCAUCUUCCUUUUGUACAUCUACUUCCUGUCUCUGUAUACUGGAGUCUGAAUUGACCACAGGCUUUGAUUGGCUCGUUGCUUGGACAUUAACACAGAGCACUGUGGAGAGUUGCACAGCAGGGAUAUUCCAUGAAGACCGAGGAGGAGUUUGCAUUUUCUCGCUUUCUUUUACCUUGUUUAUAGUCCUAUAUGCUUUGGGGGGGGUCGAGGUGUACAGACAUUAGUGUAUUUAACUGCUUUCAUUAAUUUUGUACACAAUAAAAAGCUGCAUCUUUUACUGUGGAAGCUGUAUUUGCAGAGGUUACUCUGCCAUUGAAAUGUGGAGCCAUGGUUUUACAUAACAAUUACAAGCACCAACAGGAAAAUAAAAAUGAAAACUUUAUAUUGUAAAAGACUAUUAUAAGCAUGAUAAAUCAUGUAACAGAACUUGUGUUUUCCCACACAUAAUGGUGAAAACUUUACGAGUUAACCAGUUUAUGAUAGAUGGAUAUUUUUUGUUGUAGAGUGAGCCAAAACAUUCACAGAUUCCAUUUGUUUUUAAUUUAUGAGUUCCACAUGGGGAAAGAGAGUGUGCAGGCAGUACUGCUUGGAUUAAAAAUGUCCGCUAAGUAUGGGUGCCUUAAAUUGGUUGUUUUAUAUGGCUGUGGUGUAUUUUAUUUAUGUAAAUGUAGCCAAAAAAAAGGAAAGGAAUUUUUAUUUGUAGAUCAUGCAAUUGAAGACAACUUUCUACCUGGUGAUGUGUACACUGCAGGCAUAUGUUACCGUAUUAGUAUAGCUAAAAUAAUGGAGUAUGAAAAUUGUUAUAAUAAACAUCAUGAAUCAAAUUAAAA